GGCGCUGCAGAGGAGACGGACGGGUGCCUGGAAGGGAGGCUGCGCAGGAAUCAAGAGAGACUUGGAAAAGGAGGAGGAGAGAAGAGUUGGGGAAGAAGAGAAGGAGGAGGAGGAGGGAUGCGGCGGCCCUUGGGCUCCUCGCUGCUGCUGCUGCUUCUUCCUGCCCUGGCCACAGGUUUCCGGUGCAGCCAGCCAUCCGAGUCCUGCUUGAAUGGAGGAAGAUGCGAGUCCUUCCUCAAUGGAACAGGGGUCUGCAUAUGCCCCAGCGCCUUUGUCGGCAACCGGUGCCAGCUGCCAAACCCUUGCCUGAGCUCCCCGUGCAAAAAUGCCGGCACUUGCCACCCUUGGGUGCGUGGCAACAGCGCCGACUACACCUGCGCCUGCCGCUUGGGCUACACCGACAAGCUGUGCCUUACUCCCGAGGAGAACGCCUGCCUCAGCAGCCCCUGCCGCAACGGAGGCUCCUGCGAUCUUCUCACCUUGACCGAGUAUAAAUGCCGCUGCCCUCCCGGCUGGUCAGGCAAGACGUGCCAACAGGCUGAUCCCUGUGCCUCCAACCCCUGUGCCAACGGCGGCCAGUGUGUGCCUUUCGACUCGGACUAUGUAUGCCGGUGCCCGCCGGGCUUCCACGGUGCCACGUGCAAAGAAGACCUCAAUGAGUGCAGCCGCAUGCCACCCGUCUGCAAGAACGGCGGGACCUGCAACAACCAGAUCGGCAGCUAUGAGUGCCACUGCCGGCAGGCCUACACGGGUCCCAACUGCGAGCACCUGUACAUGCCCUGCAGCCCAUCCCCUUGCCAAAACGGAGGGACCUGCCGCCAGACUGGGGACACCACUUUCGAAUGCACCUGCCUGCCAGGUUUCUCUGGUCCAAAUUGCGAAGAAAACAUUGACGACUGCCCCGGAAACGGCUGCAAGAAUGGUGGGACCUGUGUGGAUGGGGUGAACACCUACAACUGUCAGUGUUUACCUGAAUGGACAGGUCAGUACUGCACGGAGGACGUGGACGAGUGCCAGCUCAUCCCCAACGCCUGCCAGAACGGGGGCACCUGCCACAACACCUAUGGCGGCCACAACUGCGUCUGCGUCAACGGCUGGACCGGCGAGGACUGCAGCGAGAACAUCGACGACUGCGCCAGCGCCGCCUGCUUCAUGGGGGCCACCUGCCACGACCGGGUGGCCUCCUUCUACUGCGAGUGCCCCCACGGCAGGACAGGUUUGCUGUGCCACCUCAGUGACGCUUGCAUCAGCAACCCUUGCAACGAAGGCUCCAACUGCGACACCAACCCCGUCACUGGCAAAGCCAUUUGUACCUGCCCCAUUGGGUACACGGGCCCCGCUUGCAACCAGGACAUGAAUGAAUGCAAACUGGGUGCCAACCCUUGUGAGCAUGCUGGCCGGUGCAUCAACACCAACGGCUCCUUCCACUGCCAGUGUCAGCAAGGCUACUCCGGCCCUCGAUGUGAGAUUGACGUGAAUGAAUGCUCGUCGAACCCUUGCCAAAACGAUGCCACCUGCCUGGACCAGAUUGGGGUCUUCCAGUGUAUCUGUAUGCCAGGCUAUGAAGGUGUCUACUGCGAAAUCAAUACGGACGAAUGCGCCAGCAGCCCCUGCCUCCAUAAUGGGAAGUGCAUCGACAAAAUCAACGAGUUUGCUUGCGAGUGCCCCAUAGGCUUCAAUGGUCCCUUGUGCCAAUACGAUGUUGACGAAUGUGCCAGUACACCGUGCAAGAACGGAGCCAGAUGCAUAGAUGGGCCCAAUACCUAUACGUGCGAAUGUGCCGAGGGCUUCUCUGGGCCGCACUGCGAGACGGACAUUGACGAAUGCAACCCAGACCCCUGCCAUUACGGGACCUGCAAGGACGGCAUUGCCACCGCCACCUGCCUCUGCGAGCCGGGAUACACCGGUCACCGCUGUGACAUCAACAUCAACGAGUGCCAAAGCCAGCCCUGCAAGAAUGGAGGGACGUGCCAUGAUCGAAAAAACGCUUACCACUGCUUAUGCCUCAAAGGGACAACCGGCCCCAACUGUGAAAUCAACCUGGACGACUGUGCCAGCAAUCCUUGCGACUAUGGCAAAUGCAUCGACAAAAUCAAUGGCUACGAAUGCACCUGCGAACCGGGUUACACAGGGAAGAUGUGCAACAUCAAUAUCGAUGAAUGCGCCAGCAAUCCCUGCCACAAUGGAGGCACGUGCCGGGAUAGCAUCAACGGCUUCACUUGCACUUGCCCAGAAGGCUACCACGACCCCAUGUGCCUUUCGGAAGUGAACGAGUGCAAUAGUAACCCUUGCAUCCACGGGAGGUGCAACGAUGGGUUGAACGGGUACAAAUGUGAUUGUGACUCCGGCUGGAGCGGCACCAACUGCGAUGUCAACAACAACGAGUGCGAGUCCAACCCCUGCAUGAAUGGCGGCGCAUGCAAGGACAUGACCAGCGGCUACAUCUGUACCUGUCGGGAAGGAUUCAGCGGAACCAACUGUCAAACCAACAUCAACGAAUGUGCUUCGAACCCGUGCCUCAACCACGGCACCUGCAUUGACGAUGUGGCCCGCUACCAGUGCAAUUGCCUCCCUCCUUAUACCGGGCCAACCUGCAGGGACGUUUUGGCCCCUUGCGCCGACGGUCCUUGUAAGAACGGAGGGGAGUGCCGCGAGUCCGAGGACUACGAAAGCUUCCUGUGCGCCUGCCCUUCUGGUUGGCAAGGGCAAACCUGCGAGAUCGACAUCAACGAAUGCGUCAAGAGCCCCUGCCGGAACGGCGCCACGUGCCAGAAUACGAACGGAGGCUACCGGUGUGUCUGCAAACCUGGUUUCGCCGGCCGCAGCUGCGAAAUUGACAUUGACGACUGCCAGCCCAAUCCGUGCCACAACGGAGGCUCCUGCUCCGACGGCGUCAACAGCUUCUUCUGCGACUGCCUGGCCGGCUUCCAGGGCCACAAGUGCGAGGAGGACAUUGACGAGUGCAGCAGCAACCCCUGCAAGAACGGGGCCAACUGCACCGACUGCGUCAACAGCUACACCUGCACCUGCCCCUCCGGAUUCAGCGGCAUCCACUGCGAACACAACACGCCCGACUGCACAGAGAGCUCUUGCUUCAACGGCGGGACCUGCGUGGAUGGCAUCAACACCUUCACCUGCGUUUGCCCGCCGGGCUUCACCGGCAUCUAUUGCGAGCAUGAUAUCAACGAAUGCGACUCCAAGCCCUGUUUAAAUGGCGGCACUUGCCAGGACAGCUACGGGACCUACAAGUGCACCUGUCCCCAGGGCUACACUGGGAUCAAUUGCCAGAACCUGGUGCGCUGGUGCGACUCCUCUCCGUGCAAAAACCGAGGGAAGUGUUGGCAGGUGGACAAUUCGUACCGCUGCGAAUGCACCAGUGGCUGGACGGGACUCUAUUGCGACGUCCCCAACGUCUCGUGCGAAGUGGCAGCUCAGCAGCAAGGGGUCGACGUCGCCCACCUCUGCCGGAACUCGGGCGUUUGCAUGGACCGGGGCAACACGCACUUCUGCCAUUGCCAGGCUGGCUAUACGGGCAGCUAUUGCGAAGAGCAAGUGGACGAAUGCUCUCCCAACCCGUGCCAAAAUAGGGCCACUUGCACCGAUUACCUGGGCGGUUAUUCAUGCGAGUGUGUUGCCGGCUAUCACGGAGUGAACUGCUCAGAAGAGAUCAACGAAUGCCUGUCUCACCCCUGCCAAAAUGGAGGGACUUGCAUUGAUCUCAUCAACACCUACAAAUGCUCCUGUCCCCGAGGAACCCAAGGGGUGCACUGCGAGAUCAACGUGGACGACUGCAGCCCGUCUUCGGGCCCCGACACCUUGACCCCGAAGUGCUUCAACAACGGCAAGUGCAUUGACCGGGUGGGCGGCUACAGCUGCCUCUGCUUGCCGGGCUUCGUCGGGGAGCGCUGCGAGGGGGACGUCAACGAGUGCCUCUCCAACCCCUGCGACAUGCGGGGGACCCAGAACUGCGUGCAGCGCGUCAACGAUUACGAGUGCGAGUGCCGCCCGGGCUACACCGGACGGCGUUGCGAGACGGUGGUGGACGGCUGUCGCAACAAGCCCUGCAAGAACGGCGGAACUUGCGCUGUCGCCAGCAACACGCAACACGGUUACAUCUGCAGGUGCCCUCCGGGCUUGGACGGCGCCACAUGCGAGAACGACUUGCGCAGCUGCGGGGCGCUGCGGUGCCUGAACGGCGGGACCUGCGUCUCAGCCCAGAAGAGCUCCAAGUGCCUGUGCGGGCCGGGCUUCACGGGCCCCGAGUGCCAGUUCCCCUCCAACAGCCCCUGCCACUCCAGCCCUUGCUACAACCGGGGCACCUGCCAGUUUGCCAAGGAGCCGCCCCACUACCGCUGCCUCUGCCCCACCAACUUCAACGGCCUGAACUGCCACAUCCUGGACUACGACUUCCCCGGCGGCGUGGGGAGGGACAUUGCCCCGCCGCCCUUGGAGGAGAGCUGCGAGACCCCCGGCUGCCCGGGCCUGGCCGGCAACAAGAUCUGCGACACCAAGUGCAACAGCCACGCUUGCGGCUGGGACGGCGGGGACUGCUCGCUCAACUUCAACGACCCCUGGAAGAACUGCUCCCAGUCCCUGCAGUGCUGGAAGUACUUCAACGACGGGAAGUGCGACACCCAGUGCAACAACACCGGCUGCCUCUUCGACGGGUUCGACUGCCAGAAGGUGGAAGGGCAAUGCAACCCUCUCUAUGACCAGUACUGCAAGGACCACUUCUUGGACGGCCACUGCGACCAAGGCUGCAACAACGCCGAGUGCGAGUGGGACGGCCUGGACUGCGCCAACGACGUCCCCGAGAAGCUGGCCGAAGGGACGCUGGUGGUGGUGGUGCUCAUCGCCCCCGAGGCCCUCAAGAACAACUCCCUCAACUUCCUGCGGGAGCUCAGCCGCAUCCUCCACACCAACGUGGUCUUCAAGAAGGACCCCAAGGGCGAGUACAUGAUCUUCCCCUACUUCGGGAACCCCGAGGAGCUGAAGAAGCACCACGUCAAGCGGUCGGCGGAGGAUUGGCCGGACAUGGAGGACGUGGUCCUGAGGGUGAAGGCCUCGCUCUACUCCGCGGUCGGUGGUCGGCAUAGGAGAGAGCUGGGCCAGAUGGAUGUCUCUGGCUCCAUCGUUUACUUGGAGAUCGACAACCGGCAAUGCAUCCAGUCUUCCUCACAGUGUUUCCAAAGCACCAAGGAGGUGGCCGCCUUCCUGGGAGCCCUGGCCUCGAUGGGCAGCCUGGACAUUCCCUACCAAAUCGAAGCCGUGAAAAGCGAGACCGACCCGCCAAAGGGCAACCCGUGGUAUCCGAUGUACGUGGUGGUGCCGGCGCUCUUCCUCCUCCUCUUCAUCAUCGUCGGGGUCUUGGCCUCCCGCAAGCGGCGCAGGGAACAUGGGCAGCUCUGGUUCCCCGAAGGGUUCAAAGUGACCGAGUCUAGCAAGAAGAAGCGCCGGGAGCCCCUGGGAGAGGAUUCGGUGGGGCUGAAACCCUUGAAGAAUGCUUCUAACGGCGCCUUGAUGGAUGACAACCAGAAUGAAUGGGGCAACGAAGAGACGCUGGACACCAACCGGUUCAGGGUGGAGGAGCAGGCCAUGCUGCCGGACAUGGACGACCAGACUGACCACAGGCAGUGGACCCAGCAGCACUUGGAUGCCGCCGACCUGCGGAUUUCGUCCAUGGCGCCCACUCCUCCCCAAGGCGAAAUUGACGCCGACUGCAUGGACGUCAACGUCCGUGGGCCAGACGGCUUGACCCCUUUGAUGAUCGCGUCCUGCAGCGGGGGCGGCCUGGAGACGGGCAACAGCGAGGAGGAGGAGGAUGCGCCGGCGGUCAUUUCGGACCUCAUCUACCAAGGGGCCAACCUGCACAACCAGACGGACCGCACGGGCGAGACGGCGCUCCACUUGGCCGCCCGCUAUUCCCGCUCGGACGCAGCCAAGAGGCUGCUGGAAGCCAGCGCCGACGCCAACAUCCAGGACCACAUGGGCAAGACCCCCCUCCACGCCGCCGUCUCAGCCGACGCUCAGGGCGUCUUUCAGAUCCUCAUCCGCAACAGAGCCACCGACCUGGAUGCGCGGAUGCAAGACGGGACCACGCCACUCAUCCUGGCGGCCCGUUUGGCUGUGGAAGGCAUGCUGGAAGACCUCAUCAGCUGCCACGCGGAUGUCAACGCCAUCGACGACUUAGGGAAGUCCGCUCUCCAUUGGGCUGCGGCUGUGAAUAACGUGGACGCGGCCCUGGUGUUGCUGAAGAAUGGGGCCAAUAAAGACAUGCAAGACAACAAGGAAGAGACUCCUUUAUUCCUGGCAGCCCGGGAAGGGAGCUAUGAGACUGCCAAGGUCCUCCUGGACAACUUUGCCAACCGCGACAUUACGGACCACAUGGACCGCCUUCCCCGCGACAUCGCCCAGGAGCGCAUGCACCACGACAUUGUGCGCCUGCUGGAUGAGUACAACCUAGUGCGGAGCCCGGCCUUGCACAACGGGGGCCUCGGGGGCCCGGCUCUGUCUUCCCCGCUCUGCUCGCCCAGCAGCUACAUCGGCAACCUGAAGCCCGCCGGCCUCCAGAGCAAGAAGGCCCGCAAGCCGAGCAUGAAGGGGACAGCCUGCAACGGGAAGGAGUCCAAGGACCUCAAAGCCCGCCGCAAGAAGUCCCAGGAGAGCAAAGGCUGCCUGCUGGACACCUCCAACGUCCUCUCGCCCGUCGAUUCGCUGGAGUCGCCCCGCGGCUACCUCUCGGACGUCGCCUCCCCGCCCUUGAUGACCUCCCCUUUCCAGUCAUCCCCUUCCAUGCCCCUCAACCACUUGCCCGGCAUGCCUGAUGCCCACAUGAGCAUGAACCAUCUCAACUUGGUCACCAAGCAAGAUCUGAAUAUGGCCGCCAACCGGAUGCAGCCGUUCGACCCGGUGCCCCCUCGCCUCACCCAUUUGCCCGUCUCCAGUCCCAACUCUGGCGCCCCGUUGAGUUUCACCGUGAGCGGCGGGCAGUGCGAUUGGCUGACGAGGCUCAACGGGAUGGUCCAGAACCAGUACAACCCAAUGCGGGGCAACAACGGCCUCCCGCCGGGGCUUCAUCUGCCGAACCAAGGCCCUCUCCAGCACGGCCUCCUAACCUCUUUACACAACGGCUUGCCCAACACCGCCUUGUCCCAAAUGAUGGGCUUCCAGGCCCUCUCUAAUGGCCGCUUGGCCACCGCCAGUGCCCAACCACACCUUCUCCAGGCUCAACAACUUCAACAGAUCCAGCAGCAGCAAAACAUGCAGCAACCGCCGUCACAGCAACCUUCCAUCAGCACCGGUGCCAAUCCCCAGGUGACACCAAACUUCCUCGGAAGCGACUUGACCCAGCCUGACCUCCAGCAGGUGAGCAACGGUGCCUUGGCCGCCAUCUUGCCCCAAGACACCCAAGUCUUGGCCGCCACCUCGCUAACCCAGCCCAUGACCACCACCCAGUUCCUCACCCCACCUUCCCAGCACAGCUACUCCUCCCCGUUGGACCAUACGCCCAGCCACCAGAUCCAGGUCUCUGACCACCCCUUCUUGACCCCAUCCCCGGAGUCGCCAGACCAAUGGUCAAGCUCCUCGCCACACUCCAACCUCUCCGAUUGGUCUGAGGGCAUCUCCAGCCCGCCCACCAGCAUGCCCUCCUCGCAGAUGGGGCAACACAUCCCUGAGGCCUUCAAGUAAAGGAGGAAGGGACAUCUCAAGGACUUCAGACCAGGUGGAGAAGACAGACUAUGUUGGGAAGUAAUGUCUUCCAAAGGUUUUAAGUCAAGGAGGAGGAACUAUCUCAAGUUCUUCCAACCAGAUCUUCUCUCCGUGUUGGGAAGUAAUUUCUUCCAAAGACUUCAAGGAGGAGGAACCAUCUCUAGAUCUUCCAACCAGAUAUCCCCCUCCAUGUCAGGAAGUAAUUUCUUCCAAAGAUUUCAAGGAGGAGGAACCAUUUCAAUAUCUUCUCCAUGUUGAGAAGUAAUCUCUUCCAAAGAUUUCAAGGAAGAGGGACUGUCUCAAUAUCUUUUUCUCCAUGUUG